AUGCCAGUCACAAUCACCAACCACAUGGUGACACAAGCAGAUUUUACUCUAGCGGCGUGCCGUAGUAGAACUUUAUCUCUGUCUGUGACUACAGAUGGUAUUUGGAGGCGGCGCAGGGCAGCUUCGCGAUCGGCAUUUUCAUCUUCUGCCGUUUUGAUGCAUCUCGCCGGACUGCGAGAAAACGAAGUAAUCGAAGAACAACGCAUUUUGUCUCGUCACAAUCGAAUCUCCCUCGCCGAUUUUUCGUUCAACUGCAACGCAUUCGGAGACAAGGACUGUCUUUUAUUCUUUCGGUUCAAAAAAACGAUGUGCUGA